AUGGAUUUAGUAAAGUAAGCGUUUCAAAAGUUAUACUUUCCAGAUUAAUGCUACGAAAACAUGAAAGUGUAGAUAGAUUAAUUCUCUUAUAAUGAAAUAAAUAGUCUGAUGGAAUUCUAUGUUUAGAAUUAUUUAGAUGUAAUAAUUUCUAGCAAUUAGAGAGUAUAAAACGAUCAGCGUUAGUGACUUUAUUAGAAUUAGAAAGGCAAUAUCAAAAGAGCUUGUUAAUUGUUAGAGACUAGAAUACCAAAGACAAACAUUUUAGGAUGGAUUAUUUUAAGUCAAUAAGAUAAACUUGGCAUUAAUGGAAAUAUGCAGAAUAUACAAAUUUAAUGAAUUAAUUGAACCUCACUUUGUCAUCCAAUAUUGUAAUACUUUAAACCAAAAAUUAUAAUUCACUCAGAACUAAAGGCUUAUUGGCUAACCUAUUGUUAACAAGAAUAAGGAAAGGAGGAAACUAAGGAUUUGAAAAAAAGAUUAUAAUGUCCAAUGACAAAUCACCUGAUAACCAAAAAUUAUAGAUGAAUUUACUUCCAAAUUAGGAGAAAAAUAUGAUGAAUUUAAAGAAAAAAUUGUGA